GUUCGUUCGUGGGUCGUGGGGCUUCGGGGCUUCGAUUCGGUUCUGAUCAAAACAAUUUCAUAACCUAUUUCAUACACGUGUUUGUUAUAUGUAAGCUGCUAAACAAAAUAAUCGAAAUAAAAUGGUUAAGAUUAAAUCAAAUAAAAUUAAAGGACAGAACCAAAAACCUCAGAGUAAACCUGAAGAAAAUGUGGUUAUUUUACCACCUAUGCGUAUGUCGGAUGAACCUGCUCCAAAACAGGUAAAAUGGAUUAACAGACAAAGAGUGUUAGUCUUUGCGACUCGUGGCAUUAACCAUCGCCACCGGCAUAUAAUGGAAGAUAUUAAAAAGUUGAUGCCACACCAUAAGACGGAGUCGAAAAUGGAAAGAAGUAAAAAUCUGUAUGUUGUCAAUGAAAUUAGCGAAAUGAAAAAUUGCAACAAAUGUUUGUUGUUUGAAGGUCGAAAAAUGAGAGACCUGUAUCUUUGGAUGUCCAACAUACCUAAUGGACCAAGUGUAAAAUUUUUAGUUGAAAAUGUUUACACAAUGGCAGAAUUAAAAAUGACUGGUAAUUGUUUGAGGGGUUCCAGGCCAUUGCUAUCAUUUGAUCCUCAGUUCACAAAAGAUCCACAUUACAUGCUCCUCAAAGAACUGCUUACUCAAAUAUUUGGAGUACCAAACCACCAUCCUAAAAGUCAACCAUUCUUUGAUCAUGUAUACACAUUCAUGAUUUUGGACAACAGAGUUUGGUUUAGAAACUAUCAGAUUCUAUCUGAAGAUGGUGCUUUAGCAGAAAUUGGCCCAAGAUUUGUUUUGAAUCCGGUCAAAAUAUUUUCGGGCUCCUUUGGUGGAACAACACUAUGGGAAAAUCCGAAAUACAUUAGCCCAGCUAAACUUCGACAAGCAUACUCAAAGAAAGCUGCUAAUAAAUAUGAGAGGCGAAUUGAAAAGAAAGUAAUGUAUGAAGCAACAAGACCUGAAACUGGUUAUCCUGAUAUAGAAGGGCCAGACUUUUUCAAAGGUGAUCCCAUAGAAAAAGCUCAAGAAGUUGUAGUAAAAGAGGAAAUGGACGAAGACAAUAUAAUUGAAACUAUUAAACCUGUUACAAUUAAGAAAAAAAACAAAAGUAAACCAGAUAUGGCAAUCAGACGAAAACAACUAAAAGCCAAAAGCAAGUCUAUAUCUGACCAAAUCAAGAAGAGGAAACAAUUCAAAAAGAAAAAGCCUUAAAUUAUUCCAUUGUAAAAUAAAACAAUUAUUUCACACAUUUUUUUAUUUAAUUUAAAAAUAUUGUUGACAAUAAUGCAUUAUUAAAUAGACAGUAUAUAAUAGAAGAUUCUAAGAGCUAGGAAAAUUGUAAAGGAAAAUAACCUGUGACAAUAGUUCUACAAAUAAGCUGAAGUUCAGUUAAACACACAAUGUAACUUGCAAAAGUAUGUUUAUAUGCACACAAAUGAAUACUUGAUAUCAUCACAAUUUUAUUUAAAGGUUUAACUGCUAGAUUUUCAUAUUUGAAGAACAUAAGAUAAUUUUCUUUAAUAACACUGCUGGAGUUUGGCUUGAGUAAUAUUAAUUCCACAAAAGUAUUCAGAAACUUGGUAAAUAAAGAAGUAAAGGUAUGGUUCAAAAGUGGUUGUCAGUUUCCAGUAGCAAUAUCAUUUGGAAGUUUGUUUUACAUAAUGACAUGAACAGAUAAUUAUAUUUUUUUAUUUACCCCAAUUUAUUUAUUAACUUCAAUUCCAAAUUGCGUUUGACACUUAUAUUAAAACAAAAAGGUAAUGCGGCUCAAAAGUGAUUCUCUUUAAUUGUGGUGCAUGACCAUAAUUCGCUUUAGUCACAAUUGGACAUUCAAACACGCUGCAUGUGCACUCGUUAAAACAAUAUUGCGUAUAUUGUGUUAUAAAGAUAAAACAAUUCCUUUUUUAUGGGACACAAAUACACUUCUGGACACAUCUAUUGGCCCACCUUGUAUUUUCAGUUUCGUUUGGUCCUAGCUAAAAUUUUAUAUUAGGUCGAGCAAAAAGUUUUUAUGCAGUUUUGAACCUGGCACAUUCACAAUUUCAUUCAAUAGUCUUUUUUUGAAUUGCGAACACAGAAUUUAAAGAAACAAAAGACAAUUUGGAGCCUGUUUGUUGAUAUCAAACAAUCGAAUACUAUGAAAACUUGGUUUUAUUUGUUUACUUGGAUUUAAUUCUUGAAAAAGUGAUUGAUAUCUUUGGUUUUGCAACAAACAUUACUUAUUCUUAACAUUAAGGUGAGGUUCUAUCAAUAAUCUAUGGAUACUUCACCUGAAGGCGCCGCCCAAGCUGUGGCACUUAUUCAGGCCGGACACAGCCAAAGAAACGUGAGUGCUCAGCUCAACUUAAUUUAAGUCGAUCUGCGGUCCGAAAUGUUUAUCGGAGGUACCUAGAGACUGGCGACUUUGUUCGUCGCCAAGGAAGGCCACGAUCUCGGGUCACAACUGAAAGGCAGGAUCGAUUCAUCGUGACGACCAGCUUGAGAAAUCGUCACCUUACCUCCAUUGAGAUACAAAAACAAAUUCGCGACUUCCACGGAGUAUCUGUGAGCGCUCGAACUGUUCGGAGAAGGUUAAAAGAACGCGAUAUGGUACCACACAAGCCAGCUAAUGGGCCCAAACUAACGCGAGCCCACCGAACAGCGCGCCUUCAUUUCGCACGCAGUCAUUUAAAUUGGACACAGCAAGAUUGGAGCCGUGUACUCUUUUCUGAUGAGUCUAAAAUUGUGUUACAUGGCAAUGAUGGAAGGAAGAAGGUCUACCGACGUAAGGGAGAGCGUUUCGCACAAUGCUGCUUUGAAGAGAGGGUUGCUUAUGGCGGUGGCUUAUGGACUGUCUGGGGCGGUAUAUCCGCGAGCGGCAAUACUCAACUUGAGGUUGUUACAGGACCGCGGCUGCCAACAUUAAAUGCUGAAAGGUACAUUCGUGAGUGCUUAGAACCUCACGUGAUACCAUGUGGCUGACGUGACUAUGUGGGCCCAAAUUUCCUUUUUAUGCAUGAUAAUGCAAGAGCCCAUGCAGCCGACAUCGUCAGGGAAUAUCUUCGGGAUGUGAACAUCACAGUUAUGGACUGGCCAGCCAGAAGCCCAGACAUGAACCCCAUUGAGCACAUGUGGGACGAGCUAAAAAGACGUGUUAGGGCUCGUCAGCCAGUUGCCCAGACGAUGCAGGAGUUGAAAACUGCCAUAGAAGAGGAAUGGGAGAUGAUCCCUCAAAAUUUCAUAGAGCGGUUGAUAAACUCUAUGCCUAAUCGUAUGAGAGCUGUGGUAGAUACCCAUGGAGGCAACACGCGUUAUUAAAUUAAACCUUUAUUUGAUAAAACAUGUUUUUUAUUCAAAAAUCAAUUGCCUUUAACAAGGCGCAUAUCCGACUUGUUAGGCGUAGCUCCAUGUCGUAUGGUAUUCUGAAUUCAAAUUUAAAACAAUACGAUCGAAAAAGAUGGUAAAAUGUAUCAGGUUUAAAACUGCAUCAACAGUUUUUGUUCAAUCUAGCAAUCAUAUUUCGGUAGGGGCCAUCGAAACCAUAACUCUAAGGUGGACCAAUAGAUGUGUCCAGAAGUGUAGUUAAAAAUCAAAUUACAAAUGCCUCGGCAAUACUUUUCAUUUGUAAAACUAAACAUAUUUUUCACUAAAAUCACGGUUUGUCGUGAAUGUUAUUUACAUAAUCGCCAUUUUGUUAUCAAAAGGACAACAAUACAGCUCAGUCGUGCGGCCUCAGGCGCAGACUUGCCGUUUCGCUUGCGCUGCGUCGAAGCGUACAAUUGUCUCCCUCGCUUGAUUUAAUGUUUAUUUACAGACGUAUGCGUGUGCUUAUGUAGUUGAGACGAAGCAUAUUUAAUAUGAUGCUAGUAUGAGCGUACCGUGUCUUCCCUUUUUGUUUUAAUCUGAGACAUGUCAUUGAAAUUUUGAGUCUGCCAGAGACUCACUACCAUCCAUUAAACCGUCUCCUUUUAUUUUUUGGGGUACCUACUGAUGAGGCAGGGCAAGGCAUCCCCUUGAAAAUGGUAAAAAGUGGAAAAAAAAUACAGAGCAAUUUUAAGGGGCUAAACGGUUUAUCGUGAUUUUCGGGAGAACUAAACCUCAAGUUUUUUUUGUGGGAUAUAAUAAUAAAAAAAACAAAUCAGAAUUGUCCCAGAAAUAUGUAGGUUAUGUGAAAAAAGUGAAAUAUCACAGAAAAUAAGUGUAAAAAAUAUCUUAUAAUAACAAUUGAAUGAAGUUUCCACCAAAAAAGAAUAAUUAAUGAAUGUAUUAGGAAUGUUUUCAAAAAAUAAUUGUACUUAUACUAAUAAUCUCUACAGAAAGAGAAACCUAAUACAAAUAAUAGGUCAGUCAGUUUAAUUGUUGUUUCAAAAAUAAUAAACAAGCAUCUGCUUGUUUGCAUCUGUAGAUAGUUCACAUCAAAAUCUAGAAACAUUAUUCUAUUCUUUUCCCUAAGUAUAUUAAGGUGUUGUGUAACAAAAUCUAAUUGAAAUUAAUUUAUUAAAAAAUAUUAUAGUGCUAAAGUUAUCCAGUUUUGAGCAGUCGUAGAUACAGUGCAACAAGAAUCUUUAUGAACGGCAGUUCGGGAGGGCGUCACUGUCUUCGUGAAUUGCAUACAAAAUAUGACUCUUUUUAGUUCCAAUUUUCGCCACAUUCAUAAAGAUCCUUGUCGAAAUGUAAUAGGGAAUAUGCAUGUUUAAAAAAAAUAUUUAGUAGUUUACAUCCUCUUAACAAAGUAUAAAAUUAUCAACGUCAAAAAAAUAAUAUAACAUGUCUAUAAAAUUUAAAAUAAUAAACCGUAAAACAUGACAGAAUUUGACAUAUCCUGUUAACAUGGCAUUUGAUUGUUGAUUUGUUGUUAAGGAAUUCUACGUCACAACCGCGCUAGUGCAUUUCAAUUUCGCACAUGUUUUUCGCAAUUACUAAUAAUUUAUUUGUAGCUCAAUAAAAUUAUAUUUAAAAAAUAUUGGAGGGACAAUAAUUCAAAACCGAGUUCAUAUAAAAAAAGCCUUAUUUGAAUUACAGUGCGAGCAAGUUCUUGUGGCGCGUGGCCGAAAUCGGAAUUAAUUUGAUGAUGUUAUAAAUAAGCCUUUUAUUUAUAAGGGAGGUUGCAAAUAAGCCUAUUAAUUUCUUGUUACUCUUUUUGAGUUAUAGAAGUUAUAACGUUCCCUUUAGUGAGGAGAUUUUACGUACUUAGUUAUCCUUGUUUCAUCACUUAUUCACCAGCAGCGCCCUCCUGGCAAUGCCAAAUAAGUGUAACAGAUCUUGGUCACACUGUACAUGAAUAUUCCCUAUUAUUAUUAUUAACAAAUCCUGUUACAGUUCAUACACAAAAACGUUUAAAAAGCCUAGCUAUUACUUUUAGACUAACUCAAUAACUGGUUGCUAAUUGUUAAAAACUGCUGUUUAAUUUAACGUUUAUUACAUAAAAAUAUUUGUAAUAUUAGGUACUAGUGAACAGUGAUGCGCUAGUCACUUAGUUAUGAUAAUAAUUAAGAAAUGAAUACUAAAUAAAGUGCUUUAAUCUCAUCUAAAGCGUUAAAAAGGAUUUAUAUAAUUUAUAUUAUAUUAUAUAUAUAAUUUUGUUUAGAAUUUUAAAAUAUAUUUUUGUGACAUAAGAAGAGGAACAAAUGGAGUCUAAAGCACCCUAUUGGAAUGUCAAGCUGGGUAAAGAAUCGUUGUCUUUUUAGGCGAGUAUAUAAAAAUAUCUUUUGUAGAGCUAUGUUUCUCAGUCGUCGUCAGUGAGUAAAAUUUCCAGAGCACAGGGAUAGACUGAAGAAAACACCAAAAAUGGGUCGGCAACGCGUUUGUUUUUAAUAAAAAAUAAGUCUAGUGUUGCAGGUGCGUGUUUAUAGGCUAGAACCACAUGCUAGUAUGUAUCUUGGUAAUAAAAGAAAGUUACUACUUUCUUACAUAGGUGGGCUAAAAUAUGACUAUAAAACCUAAAGCGUAUUCUAUUGGCAAUAUCUGUGAUACUUUAACACCGAAAAUAGUGGGACCUUCGUUACAUAAUUAGACACAACCAGAUUAACAGACUAAUUAUUUCUAAUUGUCUUUGACCUAUUGGAUGCCAUGGGCACGGUAAUAUAAUCUAUACAGUAUCGUGACUCCGCCCUGUCCUUAAAAUAAAUGCCUACGGCCGAGUGCUGCGUUAGCACGCGGUAGGGCCGCCCGCCUACAGUAUUUUAAUUUCAUCUACAUAAUCGAGUUUCUUUCUAGUUUUGUGAUUGUAAAUAUUUUAUUUUAUAUAGAAAGAUUCUCCGCAAGACCAUAUACCCAUAUCGUAGGAAUGCAUUAAAAAUAACUAUUCAGCCAUGUUGGAUUUAGAAUGACGUCACACAGCUAACCGUGCUUUUUAAUCAAAACGAGUAUGUAUAUACAAAAUUUUAGCUCAACCGGUUGAAGAUAUCUGCUUCAAAAUUGAGUUUCAUAAUUCCACCCGAACAAACAAAGUGAUAUACCUACCUAUAUUGCAAGUUAAUGCUGGUUUUUAUUCUUACAUAAAUCAAUAAAAGAAUAUUAUUUUAAACAUACAAGUUAUAUUUAUUUGUAAGUCAUGGCGCAGUCGGGUAAGGAAAUUACCUACAAUGUAGGUAAAUCUUACUAGGUAGGUACUGUAGGGAUCGUUUUAUGCAAACUAAUUAUUGUCAUUGAAACACUUUUAUUUUCAAGAAAUUAUAUUAUUAUUAUCAAUAAACAAAAUAUUGUUUUUUAACUCUGCACAAAUAUCCCUAAUUUUUAUUUUCCAGCUAUGAAUUCCUGACAACAAUCCGUCUCUUUUCCAAAUUACCUUAUUUGCUUAAUUGCCAGUAUACACCAAAAAGAUCCGAUCACUACAAUACCUACCAUUUAUUACUCUCGUACAUUAUUUCAUAAUGAUAUUUAAUUUAAUUCAAUAAUGUAUGUAGUUUAGUUAUUCAGUAAUGUAUGUAGUUAAGUAAGUAGAUAGCCUAGUCUAGGAAACUACCUACCUAUUAUGUAGUUUUGUUUUUAACGCGAGUGUAGGUAGAUUACUCGUUUGUCUCUUUUUUCACCCAAACCACUUAUUUAUAUAUUAUUCCAGAUAUUUUGCCCGAUGGAAAAAUCGAAAUACCUAAAUAUUAGAAACAAAUUACGUACUAGUAGAUAGGUAUAUAAAAAAUAUUCUAUAGUCUUAACUUUCCAAUAUUUCAGGUAAUUAAAAAAAAAUAAUAAUAAUAAGCACGGCUAACUGCAUAAAAAACAAUUCAGACCGUUCGGUCGUCGUUGCGGCGCGGCGGCGCAUUCGCGACUGGGUGCCCGCCGAGAGCCCAUCGAACUCGAGUGGCGUAGGUAUGACUCGCUUUCCGACCGUUUGUAUGAAGAUAGAAUACUGUAUAGAUAUUAUUACCGUGCCAUGGGCAUAUUUGGAUAAUGGGGCCCCUAAUACCCCCUGGUUGGUGAUCUAACAGGAACUAGGGACUUUGUAUUUGAUCUGAGGUGGGCCCUAUCUAUCGCAGGGCCCUGGGCACCUGCUCAAAGUGCCCACUGGGAGAGAGGGGUCUGUUUCCAUUUCAUUUCUAUUCAUCUGAUUCUGAGAUCUGAUAAAUGUCAAUUGCAUUAAAAAUUGUAUGAGAACCUUAAAUUACACAUUAUCAUUAUAUAACAAGCAGUAACAGAUUUCAACAAAUAAUAUUAACUGGACAAACACAAAUAGGUAAGGCUAAGAACUCGUGGAGCGAUUUGCACCUGCGCCCGCCGCGGCUGUGGGACCGCAAAUUGCGUAAAAUAUGAAACUGUGCGUAAAACGCAAUCGCGAAUUUCACGGCGCGAUUUAUGCCCGAAGAGUGCGUGGUCGUUUGCGACACCGCGGCGGGCUUCAUCCGAUUUUAUUUUGUUUAGUUUACGAGACUUUACGCAGGCGCAGUGACCGCAGAAAGAAUUCACAAGACCGCUGCGGUCUUGUGAAUUCUAAAUAAAACAGCUCUGUGGCCACAACGGAUGCGUGAAAAACCGCUCCGUAAGUCCUUACGCGUUGGCCAUGCUAGAGCGACUGGUAGCAGUUGCGGCGAGGAGUGGCGACGUUUUGAACCAUAUUGCAGGUCGAUAAAUUAUUUCGCCCAUAAACAUCCUUAUUUAUAAUGCUUUUUCCUAAAAUUUGACGAUUAAGAUACUUUACGGAGCCUCGGGUCGCCGGACGCGCCAACGUGGUAGUUUUGUUUUUCCCGAUUAUCGCAGACGCAAAACGCGUCGCGCUAGCGUGGCACACGACUUAGCCUUACUCAGUUUUUCACGGCAUUGCAAAUAUUACAAUUUGUUCACAUUUUGAUCUUGCGUAUUCAAUUUAAUUUAUUAAUGAUUAUAAAGGUUCCAUGAUAAUAACAUAAUUGUUAGCAAUUACACCAAUACUUAAUAACGUAAACUAAAAAAAAAUACUUAUUUAUUUACAGAUAAGUAUUAUGCAAUGUUAUGGGGGAAGCUAUGAUUGUACCUACAAAAUCACAAUAUGGCUAUAAAAAAAUAUUAUUCUUAUGAUGAUCUAGUCAUCUUCGUCCAAGUAAACUUACGAUGCGUUCACUCGUUAAAUAUAAAUAGAAUAUUGUUUAUUAAUUUCUUUAAUUGAGUAAUAUAUUCGAAAAUCUCGACACAUCAUGUUACUACAAACGCUUAGCACAAACGUCUAUUUGUUAUGGCAUGAAUUGAAUAUGAGUAUCCACUAGGACGAUUCUGUUCAUAAAAUAAUUCGGUAGUUAGGUAGCUAUUUUAGACAUUAGUUUGAUAUGCAUACCUCAUUACAAGGCAAAAUAUCACUAUGUCUAUUGAAACCAUAGAUGACAUUUCGCACCCUUGGUACAAUAAAGUCACAACAGGUCAUUUUGUAAUUUUACAGGAGCGAACUUUUAAGUUUUUUUCUAAUUUUCUUAUUUAUCAGAUUGCUAUUUAUGGUAAGUUAAAAAUCUCGAUGAAAUCAUAUUUUUUGGUAUUUUAGUAACUGUUGCAUGUCAAAAACUCAUUUUGUUUUAUUGCAAAAAUGUAAAUAAAAGCGAAAAACAAAGGAGAUUGCUGAAAUUGGCCUAAAUGCACAAAAAAUAUUGACAUACACGGUAAUUCUUGACGUAAUUUAUAAUUUAAUUUACAGUCAUUAGAUUUCAACGGACACCUUUGUAUAAUACUUUAAAAAGGACUUUUAAUUUUACCGGUUUGGAAAACAUACGAAUCAUUUUUAAUGGCUCUGGGUGUAGUAACAUUCAGCCAAAGACUGAUCGAAGUUGUUUAUAUAACAUAAAAACAAAUCUAUUUUGUUAAGAUCGAUAAAAUAAAUAUUUUUUUUAUUACACUGUGGUAUUAAUAUCCACAACUAUAUUAUCAUUUUCACUAGAUGCAAAUGUGCUCAGACAAUUAUUAUAGAUGAUAGGCGACAUGAUAAAGUCUAUUGCCAUCGUUUGCCAUACAUUUUUCGCCAAAUACCUCCAUAAACACAUUAUAAUCUGUAUAUAUGUUAGACUGUAAGGUAUCUAUGGGCCUACGUUCCCUGACUAUAAAUUAAUAAAUAAAUAAAAUUAUAAGGUAUGAUACACUAAAAAUCUAAAAUAUGGUUAUCUUAAAAACAUAACAAAAAUAAUGAAGCUACUGAAUAUAUGGCUAUAGAACCUAAAUCUCUUAGCUUUCUUUGGUUAACGAGAGUUUAAAAAUUCUCUCUAAUCUGUGGCUCAUUCACAAUCAUCACACAGUUUGUCACAGAGUACCGGAAAUGCAUAGAUGACAUCUGAUUUUAAAAGUUACUCUUAUGCAUUAACUUUAAAAACAGGCAACUAUAUGUUAAUCUACAUACUCUAUAUACCUGAAUCUAAUCCAUAAUUUCGGUACUUGGCUUGAUUUCCCUAGUUUACUAUAUAACUUAUUUGUUUUUUAUUAUUUUAAUAUGUUCAGUGUAUAUGGUUUAUAGAAGUUCUCAGGGGUGUCCGUCAAUAAUAUUCGUUUCUACAGUAAUUUAGGAAACAAUUUUUCAUGAUUAUUGGUCUUUAGGCCAAACAUGUAUGGAAGCUGAGCAAUCUCCUUUCUGACACACCUUUAAGUGACACCUUUAAAUACUAAUAAUAAUAGUAAACUUGGCUCCAUAUUUUUAGGCAAACAAUAAAUAAUUGAGGUAAUAAAUUAAUUUGAGCUUGUGUUGCGCCAAUAUAUGAGAAUAAAAAUUCGAAUAUUUUUUUCGGCUAUCCUUUGUUUCCCCAAAACGAAGGCAUGGUUAACAUGAUUUACAAACAACUAGUCAUCAUUAAAUUAUAUUCACAGUUUUGAAGACUUGUGACUUAGUUGAGCCGAGGAUGUGAUUUGUCAAAAAUCCAAAUAAAUGAAUUGCAUCUUACAGAAUACCUAUGCGGUACGUUGUGGAAUCGACUAAUUUCACCGGCUCGUCAUUUAAGCAGCCUCACAUUAGUUACAGUAAACGUACCCACUACUGUGGGUUAUUUUAUCAAAGGACAUUGGGCAAAUUGUAUGGACGCUGCACCCACGUCCGCCACGGAUUAAACUACAUUUGUUUAAAGGUAUUAUAGUCAUGAUCAUCUGUACCAAAGCGCAUCAAAUUCCAUUACGGGGGUCUUUAGUUAUUUUAAGUUCAAUAGGUACAAGUACUAUAACGAACGAACAUUAAUAAAACAAGGGAAUUAAUGUACUUAGUUAGAACCUAGAUAGGGGGCUCAGGUAUUAUGCGAGUACUUCACAAGGUGCAAGGGUGCCCCCUUGUGUUAUUCUGCCGCGCUUGAGUAAAUCCAAAAAUCCCAUGGGUUGGGGUUUUUUCAAACAUUUUGUUCGUUAUAAUAAAUUGCCUUCUAUAUAAAACGGAGCGACCACAAAUCACACAAAAUUGUUCACGCUUCGGAGAAAACAUGUUUCCAGUUCAUCCAUACUAAUUGACAAAACCGAUAAUCGUGUUCCAAUGUCCAAAGCGUGUUAGAUAAAAACCAAUCAAGUGACAGGGAGCGUACAAUCACAAAGAAGUAAGACGAGUCGACUAUUUGCAACUGCAAGUGCUUCAACCCCCGUAACGACUUCCGUUUUGAGGCGCCUCAGUAAGUGCAAGCGCAGGAUGGUCGGCAGGCUUUGUCAUAUAUCUGGUUGUAUAGUACGAUAUAGCAUAUUAUUAUGAUUACUAAUAAUAUAAAAUGAAGGUACUAUAAAAUGAAUUUAUUUAGCUACAUGCCCAGGUGUCAUAUCUUUUGACUACCAGGAUAUUUUUGAAGGUGUCAUAUCUUUUGACUACCAGGAUAUUUUUUUACGGUGUAAAAAUAAAAAGGCUACUUUUUCAUAGAUCUAUCGAUUCAUACUAAUAACAUUGUUGGCGGAGCUGGGUGUGUUUUGCCCAUUGUCCUUAAUACCUAUAAAGUACCCGAAAAAUAAUCUGUCAUACUAAGUAUUUCUAAAUUGAAAAUAUGUCAAAGAUUAUUUAAAUACAACCGUAACAACAACAUCUUAAUAAAUUACGAUAACUUACUUUAUAAAAUAAUUAUUAUGAGAUUUUCACAUCAACACUUCACCUGAGUUACAUCUAAAGAUUCGUUUACGAAUAAAAUUGGAAUGCAAAAAUAACUUCUAGCAAUAGUAUUACAAAAAAAAUAACAUUAUGCACUUUUUAUAUAAACAGUCUCGUGAGUUACAGAAAUUAGUAAAAGUUAUAAUAUAAAAAUAUGUAGGUAUAUUAAACAGGUGCUAUAUAAAACAUCUAAAUAGCAUAGCCUAAUUGAUUAACUUACUUAAAUGCUAACUUAAAAUAAAAACUGCUGUUACAAAAAUAUACAUAAAUGUUUGAUUAUUAUUGCAGUUAUAAAUAAAGUGUAAAAUGUAUAAUAUUCGAUUGUAUGUACUGAUAAAUAUCUGAUUAUUAUUUCAUUUAAAAAUAAAGUGUAAAAUGUAUAUUCGAUUGUAGGUACUGCGUAAAAUAAUAAAAAGAACUUCAUGCACUUGUGCAGUUAAAUAUUAAAAUACACGUAAAAUUAUGAAAUAAUUCAGCAUUCACAUCUGCUUUAUAUCGCGAGCGAUGAGCGAGAUUCAUCUGUGAAAAAAAUGAGUAUGUAUACAUUUCAUAAAGUUGACAUUAAUCUGUUGUCAUUGUCACUUAGGGUGCAUUUCACUUGUGUUCAAUGUUGAUUGAUUAUAGUUUCCUCACAUUGUGAGGGUUUACUUCAAGCACAUAUGCUCUUUAAAGCUGUAGACAACAUAUUUAUUCAAUCGUACAUAAAUCACACUGCGUGAUAUAGGUAUUCAUUGGUUUUGGAGCCGAAUCAUGUUGAAAUGUUAGCACUGUCCAAUAAACUUAUAAAUUAUAUGUAUCAAUUUUUUUGGGCAUCAUAAAACCUAGCUGUACCUAAACUUUGAAAUAUGAAAAAGAUAACCGAGUGAAAGAAAUUAUGCCGUAUUGUGAAAAAUGUAAUAUCCAAUUUGAUGACAUCAUAAAAUGUGUGAAAGAGCCAUUGAUUGUUGCUGGCUUCUGAUGAAUAUAUAUAUUUCUUUUAUAUUAUUUACGGAAUUGAAACUCUGGACCCCAGAAAUGCCAUGCUAAUUUGUAACGUUUCUAUAAAAAUACCUUGCUUAAAUUGUAUCACAAUAAACUAUCACAAACAACAUCAAUUUGUGCAUGCACAUGCAACACUUUCUAACAAAGUUCUACACAUGAUUGUAAAAGUCAUGAAGUGACGGAUAAAACACCAAAAGGCAAACAAUAUGUCUACCUAAUGUAAAUGUUGUUACAUGCAGUUAUAGAUAAAUAUAAAAUCUAGAAUAAUUAUUCAAUAUAUAGAGUCGCUUAGUUCAUUUAUAUAACAGAUUCGUAGGAAACUAAUCUAUUCAAAACUGUAAUUGCUUUUUUUAACUCAUUUCAUAUAAAGUUUAAAAUAUAAUAAAGUGAAAUUAAAACACUAGAAUAAGUUGAAUAGUCCUUGUCAGAUUUUAAAAACCAUAUUAGCAAGCAUGUUAUGAAAGCAACAACUUGCAUAUGCCUUAGGUAUGUAUAUUAAGCUUGUUAUUCGAGAUAUAUACUGUAUGUUAGUUGGUAUAAUAAUAAUUUACUAACAGACAUGACGUAAGAGCUUAUAUCGUACUACCAGAAUAAGCUACAUGGAUAUUUAAGGCACAAACAGACAAUAACUCUAGUGCCAAUACUCUAAAGGCUUUGUAUCGCUAUAAAUGUGAGGAAAAUGUAAUGCCACAUGUAGGCCUACCGUAAAAAAACUUUGUUAAUAAUUUAUUUUAGCCAUAAUAUCAAAGUAUAAUUUCGCGCCAAAAAAUACGAUUUCUGGGCAUUGAUUGUCCUGAAGGUUUAAAACUAGGUUAAUAAGGGUUUCAGUUUGUUACCAUUGUAGAUUCUGGAUCAGAAGUUGCUUUUAUACCUAAAAAAUACUUAUCAAAUUGAAAAAUUGCUGACUGACUAUUGUAUAAAUAUAUGAUUACAAUAGCAUUCCCUUUUCUGUUGUACCCGAAGUGCUAUCUUCUUUAUAACUCGUGUCCGGACGCUAUUCGAACACCGUUGUAAUUUAUUUUCGUGUCAAGUUCAAUUUUAAGGUUAUGUUAAGAUGAUACGAAGCAAUAGCGAAUAAUGUUUGUGAGAUCAAUACUUUUCUUGGAGAUCCUGUAGUUCUGGCCCGUCGGGUUCGGUGUCCCGUUUGUGACCACCUAACUCGGCCAGACGGGAACUCUUCCAUCUACCAUCUGUACCGUUCAUGUUGCGAUCUUCACACACGCACAGGAAUAGGGAAUCGACAACCAUCUAGAGAAACAUUUUCAUUUUUGUAACAAAUAAAUAUCAUGAAUCGCGAUAUAACUCAAGUCAUUAAAGAAAGGAAUCAAGAAUGAUGACAUAAGACAUUCUGUCCCUCUCGCACAUGACACAGAAUGUCUUGUGACGGCACGACUUUAAUGACACAAGUUACAGCACUGUGAAUUGAAGAUUUAUCAACAAUAUAAUGUAGGUACGGUCGCGGUCAGCAAAACGUUUACCAGUUUUGAAAUUAGAUUCUAUAUCACACUUUUUUCACUAAAGUCUAAAAUGCCAUAUCAAGUAACUUAUUACCUUUCAAAAGUUAUUUUGCAAAAUUACGCAUCGAGAAUAACAAAACGAAUUAAUUAUAUAUUACUUUUUAGAUAUUGAAACUCAUGUCUUUAUUUGUUGAAAUGACAUUUAUAAAAAAUGAUUGUGUAAACAUUGUUUGGACAAGAGCAAAAUUUUACGAAAACAAUUUUCAUAACGAAAUAAAAUGGCAAGCUGGCAAUGGCGACCCUGGAGCAAAGGCCUGAAAUAUAAAUAUUAGUGCUAUAUCACGAGAACUCAAUAUAUCGCGUUUCGCUGUGAGGUUUUGGAUCCAGCGUCACGGCGUAAGAAGGGCAAUUAACAGAUCAUAGAAAUAAUUCAGGACGACGAGCAAUACUAACCGCCACGCAAAUAGCGGAAAGGAUUCGUCGUUACGAAGAGAACGGUUUCACACCAACUAGUUAUUUUGCUGAUUUAUAUGAUGUAAGUGAUCGGAUGAUCCGACGAGCUUCGCACAGUGCUGGACUACACUACAGACACCAUGCCAUUAAAAUGGAGCUGAAACCACAACACAAAACAACCCGGCUUAACUUUGCGCAACAACAUCUUCAUUUUGAUUGGUCGAAUACUAUAUUUACCGAUGACAAAACCUUUAAAUCAAGCCAAACCGGAAGAUUAACUUUAUGGCACUAUAAUCGAACUCGGUAUGAUGAAGCUCAUAUCGUGCCUCAAAACGAGUCAGGUCGUAUAACAGUAAACUUAUGGAGGUGGAUGAGCCUCAAAGACGUCGGAGAACUGGCGUCUUUAGAGAAUAGGGCUACUGCCAUUAAUUAUGUGUCGCUUUUGACAGUAGUGAUGCUGCUUAUUGUGCGCGUAGUGUAUCCUGCAACAGAAUUCCCGCACAUUACUUAUGUUCAAGAUAAUGCACAGAUACACACGGCCAGUGCUACUAUGGCGUGGUUCAGCCUGCACCGUGACAUUCGUCCCAUUCAAUGACCCGCUCGGUCUGCUGAUUUAAACCCUAUUGAAAAUAAAUGGGGGCUUAUGGUUCAACGCUAGGACUGUCAAAAUGAAAGGAAACCUCAUGAUCAUAGAUCACACUGUGCUCGAAUACCUAUAGGGUGAUAUUAGAGGGACCGAUCUAUGCGCGCGUCUUGUUGCAUCUAUGCGAGAUAGACUACGUGCCGUCAUAGCUGCAGCGGAAGGUUAUACUAGAUAUUAAAUAAAGAUUUUUGAAGUUUCUUUUUUAUUAUUUCUUCAUAUUCUUAGUUAAAAAACUAAAAUAUUAGUUUUUUCAAUGGUUUUCUAUAUUUGUUUGACGUCACGGCUAGUGCAGAGGUCGUUGCCUACUGGGCAACGAGUCGCGGGUUCGAUUCCCGUACGGCACAUAUAUUUUGUAUGGCCUACAGUAAUUUGUCUUGGUCUGGGCAUAUGAGCAUGUGAGAUUAUAUGUUUGUAAUUACACUCACGAUACAGAAGAAAAUCCUAGUGUGACGCGAAGUAUUUAAAAAAAUAUAUAUAUAAAACCUUGUUAGUAGUCAGUCCAUCUCCUAGAAUAGAAUAGAAUAGAAUAAUCUUUAUUUGCAUUAAAUCGAGAGCCUAGAGCGAUUGAUUGUCAUAUCAUUAGAAAAAAGAUAGUCUAUGGUCAAUCAAAUUAUUAUGAAAUAUACAUUUAGAACUUGUGACCUAAAUGUGUGUAUGCAAUUAUGAUCCUUAAGGUGGUAAACAUUUUCUGACCGCGACCGUACAUACCAUUGAAUGAGAUGAUGACUAACUUUUUUAUCUUCGUCUGAUUGUCAAAAAAUAUUGGAUACGCAUUUUUUUUUCACAUAAUCAAAACAUUACAGAGAUAUAUAUAUAUACAGUGUAAACUCCAUACAACGUCACUCGAUUUAACGACAAACUCCCUAUAGCGUCGAAAUCACUCGUCUGUGGUUGGUUCAGUUUGUUUUCCAUACAAUGAUACACUCCAUAUAGCAUUACACCCACUCUCAAUAACGACGUAAUUUAUUUAGUUAUUAAUUUAUAUUAAUUAAUAAGUAAUAAAAAGUACCUUUUAAGCUGUGUACGUUACUUUGUCGCUUUAUUAACCUAGCCUGUAAUAAACUCGACUGUCGGCAUCAUGCAAACAAAAUUUUCUAAGAAAUUCGUUUUUUUAUUUACAAAUUGGGAUUGCAUGUGUAGACUAUUGUUGACUAUGACUAAAUAAAGAAUAUAAUACAGCAAAAUUACUGGUGCAGAAAGACGUCAGACAAAUAAAAACAGAAUAUAGGUACGCAAUAGCGUUCAAAUAAGAUUAUUUUUUUAUGUACAUAACUACUAGUUUGAAAUAAACUUUUUUUUUCAUAAGAUAUUCUGAUUUUUCCUCUUUCCAUUUAACGACAACUCUCUAUAACGCCAUAAAAUGUACAGUACCUUUAGUGUCGUUAUAUAGACUUUACAGUGUAUAUUAAUUUAAAAUGUCGCAUGAUGUCAGGUCUUGGUUCAAUUUUUAUUGGAAGUGACGUCACAAGCCCCUACUCUCAAACUUUGACGCGCUUUAUUCUUGUCAUCGUUUGGUCAAUUUACAAAAGAAAAAAUAUGUGUCCAGAUUUUUUUAAUUAUUUCACUGACGGCCUAAAUAGAAUUUCGUUUACUUCAACCAACCAUCAUCCCUAUUCAAAUUUGAAAUACUCAAUGACUGUAAACUUCAAGAUCUACUUCAGCAUUCAGGGACUGAUUUACACUACGGUAAACACAGUAGCGAGUUAACUUACGAUCUUGGCUAGUUAAGUUCUUAUCAUCGAUUGGACAGGGAUUUGUCAGUUAAGUACAUACUGCUCAAUUUUCCGAUUUCUAAACUCGCUGCUGUACUGACCGGAGUGUUAUUCAGCCUUUAGAGACCAGUCAAGUUACCCAAAACUGUCAAAUUUUACCAGCUAACUUUGAGCUCAAGGCUGAAUACAUGUAAAAAGCUGGCUACCGAUGUCGAUCUGCCAUCGCUUAUCAAAACCGGUCCGCGCAGGCAGUCUUUAUACUUUAAAGCUUUCUUCUGGGAGGAUAGGUUGUUUUUAUCAAUCGAUGAUCACUUUGAUGUUUUGAUCACUUUAUCCGAAAUGUAGUAAAAUGUUUUAGAGUCAUUCUUGUAUAUCUAUAAUAUCUUUGCUUGUCCACUUUCAUGUCUUGAAAUAAAUGAUGAUAUUCUCCGGAAAAAAAUCUAUUCUUUAUUUAUGUAUUUUGUUUUGGCAUUAUGAGAAACACAUUUUUUAACAUAAAAAUAUCUUCGUCUGAUGAGCUCGGCAUUUUGCACAUCACUCGACUGCCAGACAGCCGCUGCUUAUACAUGUUUGCUUUAUAUAGAGUUUAUCUGAACGGACAAGUACUGAUAAGCGCUUGUAGAUCGGCGCCGGUAACCAGCUUAUUAUGUGUAUACAAAUAUAAAGUUGACUGUACAAUAAUAGCAAUUCUGCUUUCAGUAACAACAGUCCUAAAUUCGAAUUCGAGUAUUUAAUUUGACUUGGUCAUAAACUCAAACAAAUUUUGUUCCUAAGUCUUAGUUACAUAUCCGUAUGGGGUCAAUAUUAGACUUUUUCUAGUAUUUUAUUUUUUAAUUGUACAAAUUAACAGCUAAUUUCGCAUGAAAUAAAUUAUCUUUUGUUAUCUGAUUAAAAAUUCUACAAUCAGACCCACAAGGGUAACAACUUGACAACAUCGUUACUUCGUUGUAAUAAAAGCCACAUUCGUAGUGCAAACUCAUCUUUACAAUCGUUACUUUAACUAUACUAUUUUCCCCUCAGGAAAUUCGAGUAGGAAAAAUAAAAUAUUUCUAUUUUCAUAUACAAUUAUAUAUCCGUAGAAAGUCACGGGUAGGAGCGUUGCAUUUUAUACUAACCUCAUACAAUGACAAUAUGCAGUGUGCGAUGAAAAACGAAAACACGCAUAUAACGAGAGUAGGUGCGGCGAAGAAUUGUAGAUCAGAGUUCCGCUUGAGCAAUAGCAGGCCUAUAAUUCCAGUAACUCCGGUCACUAUACAUUUCCCAAGGAACAGUAUGAAAUCGCCAACGCUGUUGAUCGUAGCCACUUGGAGAGCGUUGUUCACUAUAGUGCUGAACGCCUGGGAGAUAUUUAAAACCGUAAAGUAAGGGAAAAAAACGAGCGAGCCUUACAGUAGUCGCAAAUGAUGUGUAAUAUGUGAAACCUCACCUUAUAUUAGUAAAACUAGAAAUAAGACCUACUACAAAAGGAAUAAGCCAUUUGAACAUUAUAUUCUAAAAUCAAAUCAAAUAGCGCGCGCUUUCCAUACUUGUUGUUACACACUUCCGCCCCAUUUCGCGUAAUCACUACCAAAAAUUGCACGAAAGCGAGAGGAAAGAUGUUACACAUCAACAAACAAAAUUAAGUUGUACUGCUCUGAUACACUGAUCACGAGAAACUCAUUCUCUCAAGCGAUUAAUAACUUGAGAGAAUGAGUUCCUGGUUUUGUCAGAAUAGAGUUUAUUUUCGAAGAACUUUUUUUACAAGAUCUAAAAUGUACUUAAUUCUGUUAACAUAAGGAACUGACAGGACCUGUCACGAAAUCAUAGCUACAUAAAGCGUAGCGUAGAACCUAUUUGUUUUAUAUUUGUCAAAACGACAACCUCACUUGAUGGUAACAUUGGAGUUGAUGUCUAAAUACGCGCCAUAUUGGUUCAUAUUUUUGUGAUAAAUAGUUUUUUAUGUUAACAUUAACAUACUACAAAAAUGUUGUUUCGACCUCGUAGAGAAUGUAGUAGUCUAUCUAAAAAUUAGUCUGGUUUUACGAAAAUUUGAUGCAAGUGCAACUUUUAAAAUCAUUUAUAAAAAAGUGAACUAAACCACUGAUACUUGUUGAUAAGGUCUGAAAUAGUAAUAACAGUUAAAAAUGUAAUGCGACAUUAAAGAUGAAAGAAAUAAACAAAAAACAUAAUAAAGAUAAUUUUACUAGUAAAAUUAUUUUAGAUAUAAUAAAAUCAAGCAGUAUGAUGCUUAGUAAAAGUAUAAGAAGCUUUAGGGUAAUCAUAAGUCAUACAGUUAAAAAAUAAAAAUCAAUAUUUUUUUACCAAUUUAAGGAUGAAGGAACUCACCUUAGCAGCAGCUUUACAGAAGUGGCACCGCUCAAUAGUGAUGAUUGUGUAGGCAUUAUGGUUCAGAUAACGAAUAAACUUUUCGAGGCAGUAAAAACAGCAGAUACCACAUUUCAAUCCACAUUUAGCACAGCUAGAUCCCCUCUCUGCUCUGGCUGAUAACCUAAAACAUAAUCAUGUCAUCACAAACUGCUAAAAUAUUAUAAAAUUUGUAAAAAAUCAAUGGGUCACGAUAAGCAACGCCCUAAUGAUACUUUGGUAACACAGGCCGCUCAUAAUAAGCAUAAGCUAUAAUGAUCGCUUACUAUCAAGCGUGCCAAGGGCUCAUGGAAUGUAAAUAGGGGUGGCCUUAUUUACAUAAAAAAAAUGUCACACUUUUAAUCAACACCUAAAGAAAAAUUGUAGUAGAAUAACUUUCCCAGAGAAAUUCAACAUAAGUGUAUAUAUAUCACUCUCGGUAAGAGCAUGUAAAAUGUCAUCAGAUAGUUAAGAAAACUUACAAGCAGCCCGUUGACGAUAUCUUUGCUUUUAGUUUUGCCACUAACGAAAUAAUAAAGGUACUAGCAAACCAGUGAACCAAAUGUUCACCAAAAAAAAAUGUAUUUAAUUAAUUGAGAACUUCGGAGAUUUUGUGUGGUUUCGUUUGAAAUAGAAAUCACGUGAUUUCUCGAAAACCGGAAGUCCUACGUUACUCACAUCCGGUUUGUAGUCUUAUCAGACUAUUCUUAACUUAUAACUUAAACAUUCUCUAUAUCUAUCUCUUACGGUUUGGCCGCUGAAACAGCACCACGGACGGACGGACGGACUUGUCUAAUAGAUAAGAGACUAGCAAACCAGUGAACCAAAUGUUCACCAAAAAAAAAAAUGUAUUUAAUUAAUUGAGAACUUCGGAGAUUUUGUGUGGUUUCGUUUGAAAUAGAAAUCACGUUAUUUCUCGAAAACCGGAAGUGCUACGUUACUCAAAUCCGGUUUAUAGUCUUAUCAGACUAUUCUUAACUUAUAACUUAAACAUUCUCUUUAUCUAUCUCUUACGGUUUGGCCGCUGAAACAGCACCACGGACGGACGGACGGAUGGACUUGUCUAAUAGAUAAGAGAUACUUACUUGGCAUGUAAAUAUGUGAGAAUUAGACGUGGAAUCUUAAACAAGGUGAUCAAGAACGAACCCUUAGCAACCGAUCCCAAGUGAUACUUCACCAGUUUUCCGAUUGAAUACAUAACAGGAGAAUGUGCGUUGGGACCCCUGAAAAUUGUGGAAUACAACAUAAGUUAUAAGAACACUACAAAAAUAUACUGUAUAAAAAUUCCAUACGAUUUUCAAUUCAAUCUCAUUAGAUGGAUUUAAAGUAGCAAAUUACUAUGUUUGCACUAUGUUGACAAUUUAUAGUGCUGUUUUCCGUACAUAAACCUUAACUUACUCCCCUAUCAAUAAAAUUAGUUACAUAACAUUUGUUAUUCGAUAAGCAGACAUUAAACAGUAGCGGUCUUUCUACAAACAAGUUAGACACUGUUUCAAACAUUGUUUAAGCAAUUUUUGUAGAUAGCCUAUUAAAAAAAACCGGCCAAGUGCAAGUCCGUUUUUUCCUUUUGAAGUACGGAACCCUAAAAAAGAACAACAAAGUCAUAAAACAUUUUUUUACCUAAAAUACCAAUGUGAGACAGCGCCAGCUAUGGUCAUUUGUUGACAGCCAAGAAUGAACUCGCUCCCCCAUACCAAACAAAUUAGGCACAUCCACCACAUGCUCUUUAUCCACAUUGGAUCAAACUCCACGGAAUCCAGUGUGAAAGCUGAAUGAAACAUGAAAAUAAAUAGAAUACUUUGGCAAGUGCAAAUUUUAAAUCUAAAGAAUACUAGUAAAACUCGACGUGGUCCAUGCAUUAGACAUGAUUCGAACCAGCACCUUUCGCUAUUCGGGAAGACCUGAAUGGCCGUGUCGAAUUUUCUCUAAUAUUUCUUAGGCUGCAAGUCAGUACCAUCUCUUCAUACUGUAGGUGACCCACGAUGUCAAUCGUAAUACUUUUACAAGUAUUAAACAUUUAUUUUUCAAGAAUAAAUAGCAAUUGUAGUUAGUUUAUUGAAUGGCAAUUAAUUAAAGAUUUUCACUGCUACAUUUAUAAAACUAAAGAAAUUUUACUAGAAAAAUACGCCGCGCUCCUGGCCUUCCGCUAUCGUGGUGGAAACACAAAAGUUUAAAAAACAUACUAUAAUGACUGAACUCACUUUUCAAAGUAGCGCUUUUGUUAACCUCUUGUACUCGUGCGGCUGUGUUGUCAACGUGAUCGUUCAACGGGGUUCCAUUUAUGAAAAAGUUCGUUUGGAAUGGAAUUCCUUGAUAAUUCGCUGUGGCAAGACAAACCUAGAACGCAAUUUAGAAUAUUGUGUGCUUGUGAUAACUUUGUUGAAGCCCUGAUACAGUCGUCGUCAAUACCGUAUCAUUCAGAGAUGGCAAAGUACAGACAGCGUGAAAUAAGUAUAAUAAAGCGGGAUACUAACCCAAAAUCCCAGACAAAAAAUAGAGGCUCGACGCAAAAUAAUGUCUCAGUUUUACACUCCCGGACUCUUGAAUCGAGCCACCCUACAUUCCCGGGCCUAAAAGCCCAAUUCACAAAAAAUAUACAAUGUAACUAAAAAGUUUUUGUGCAUUUUUAAUGCUGGCAUAUUUCAUCGUCUUUCCCGUAUGUAUUAUUCCAAAUUUAAAUUUUAGAAUUUAAAAUAAACAACAAAAGCCGAGCUUGGUCACUGAUUUGAAAAAAAUAAUGACUGUUGAAAGUUGCUUUUGAAGCAAUUUAAUGUCGAUUUGGUUUAAAUUUUUGCAAUUGUUGUAAACCAAAGUUUAGUUUAGUUAUUUCUCUAUAAUUUGAACCGUUUUUGGCUAUAAAAUUAUGGAUACUUCACCUGAAGUAGCCGCGCAAGCUGUAGCACUUCUUCAAUCUGGGCUAAGUCAGCGAGAUGUGAGUUCACAACUUCACAUAAGUCGUUCCGCUGUUCAAAGAGUGUACCAUCGAUACCUGGAGACUGGCGGCUUCGUUCGGCGAACAGGAGGACCUCGUUACCGAGUGACAACGGCGAGACAAGAUCAAUACAUUGUCACUACUAGCUUACGAAAUCGACGCCUUAACUCUGUUCAGAUACAAGAACAGCUCAAGGACUUUCACGGAGUGGCUGUAAGUGCUCGGACCGUUAGAAGGAGACUCAAUGAACGAGGUUUAAAGCCCCAUAAGCCAGCCAAUGGACCCAAAUUGACACGAGCAUACCGAAUAGCCCGUUUAGAGUUUGCGCGCGAACAUCUAAAUUGGACUCGACAUCAAUGGAGCCAGGUUCUCUUCACAGAUGAGUCCAAGAUAAUGCUAUACGGUAAUGACGGAAGGAGUAAGGUGUACCGAAGACAGAACGAGCGUUUCGCGCAAUGCUGUACUGACGAGAAAGUGAGUUAUGGUGGAGAAUCAUGGACAGUCUGGGGAGGAAUCUCUAUGGAAGGCAAAACUGAGCUAGAGGUAGUGACGGGACCACGACUGUCGCCCCUAGAUGGCAAUAGAUAUUUCAUUCGUGGUUCUCUAAACAUUCGCCAAUGUUUAGAGAACCACGUUAAGCCAUAUGCUGGAUUUAUUGGCCAAGAUUUCGUUUUAAUGCAUGAUAAUGCAAGUUUUAAUGCAUGAUAAUGCAAGGGCCCAUAUUGCGGGAAUCGUCAGGGAGUACUUAAAUGACAUUUGUAUCACUGUUAUGAGAUGGCGAGUUCGAAGUCCUGAUAUGAAUCCUAUAGAGCAUCUAUGGGAAGAGCUGAAGAGGCGUGUUCGAGCUCAUCAUCCUGCCCCGCAAACCAUGCAGGAGCUCAAAAUUUUAAUUUUGGAAGAAUGGGAGGACUUUCCUCGACAUGUCAUAACGACAUUGAUUAAUUCUAUGCCAAACCGUAUGAGAGCUAUCAUAAAUGCACUGGGAGGCAAUACAAGUUACUAAAUAAACAUUUCUUUUCAUGUAAAACAUGUCUUUAUUGAAAAAUCGAUUAGAUUUUUUUCCUUGGAAAAAGCAAAUAUGGAUAUUGUUUCAACGUAACUCGACUUUUUUAAUAAACUGUAGUUCAAAUUUAGAACAGUGGCACUCUAAAUGAAUGAUGAGUAUACCAGCUCCAAAACUGCAUCAAAACAUUUUCCUUCUACAUACAUCUUUUAUAAGUUACAGUACUCCAAACCAAAAAAAUCAAGGUGGCUCGAUUUAGGUGUCCGGGAGUGUAGAUAGUAAAUGAGAUCUUAUUAGAUGUAAUAAGUCAUAAUGUAAUGUUUUCAACCGUAAACAACUGCUGUUUAUGGGUCAUCAGCGAAAUAAGCGGUUGUUAUGGGCUGGCCGAAAACGUUAAUAACCGUCUUUACACCUAUACUCCAGAUUCAUACAUUAUUUUCUUUCAUGUCUUCAUUUCUUGUCAAACCAAACCAACCUUAUAUUAAAUACUAUCGGCCGCCCGCGACUUCGUAUGCGUGGAGUUAGUUAGAAAUAAAGGUUCACUACUCGUUCCCCGUAGGUGAUAGCGUGAUAAUAUCGUCGAUCGUAAUUUCAAUUGGCGUAAGGGACAAAAAUGAGAAAAACACUUUUUUAGCGUUCUACACUCGUUUGAAGUUCUCUAUCGAAUGGUAUAUUUGAAAUGUUGAUAUCUUGCAAAAUUGGUUCGUUAAGACCCAAUUUUUUUUAUACUCUAAACACGUUUUUGUGUAAAAAAAGACUUUAAGGGUCUCGGUUAUCCAGACUUAACGUCGUAUGUAACACUAUGUAAAGAAGUAGUAGGGCAUAAUUGAUAAACUAUAUUUUCACAUCCUUUACGAUCACAAUACAAUAUUAUCAUUACUAAGAAAUAGGUCGUAAAUAUCACACCCUGUUUUCAGUAAAACAAAAGGGAACAAAAGAAACAACAGAGUAAGGGAAAACAGCAAAUUAUUGAAAAUGAAAAUAAAAGAAUAUUGUAUUGCAACCGUUGUAUAAGGAACGGCUGCCCAUUUCAGUUGCUAAGUAGAAAGAUUUGAAGCGCUUGUGUGAAAAUGGUACAAUCCCAAAACGGUUUCACAAAGAAUACAGUGAGUUACCGUUUAUGUCCAAAGUUGUGGACACACUUCCAGAGACCGACGAAGAAGAUGAUGACGUAGAUUUAAGUGCUUAAAUUUUUAUUUCGUAAACAAUUGUUUUUCAGAUUUCACUAUUCUUUCAGUCAAAUUGUAUUUUGGAAAAUACAUACAGAGUUUUUGAUUAUUUAAGAUUUUAGCAAUUUUUGUUCUUGCUUAAAUAGUAAUUUCAAUGAUUUUGAGAUUACAUAACUUUAGAGAGGUCACCAAAAAUUGUUAUGUUGACUUUGAAAUUGUUUAUUUUUUAUUUAUUUUGUGUCUUAUUGAUAAAGUCAUCCUAUUAUGUAUGAUGACGUUUUUGUUCAGGAUUUAGGCCCACUUGCACCAAAGUUCUUAAUUCAAAUUAAGCCUAACAGAUAAUUAAUUUCCUCUUUGUCAAUUGUUAAAAGACAAAAAGAGAUAGAAUGAGGCUUUUAAAUUUGAAUUAAGAACUUUGGUGCAAGUGGGCUUUGGUUCCUAAAUUUUGUUGUUAGAUUAAAGCCCACUUGCACCAAAGCUCUCAAUUCAAAAUAAGGCUUAAUCGUGUUUAACACAUCAUUUCAUCUUUGUCAAUUUAAAGUCAAAUAGAGAUAGAAUGAGGUUUCAACAUGAUUAGCUUUAAAUUUGAAUUAAGAACUUUAGUAAAAGUGGGUCUAAGUGAUGUUUGUUAUUUUAUUGGAGAAGUUAUCCAGAGAUUUUUUGUUAUUGCAUUUUGUUAAUUUUAUACGUCAUUUAAAGCGUUUCUAUCAUUGAGCGUGGACUAAAGAUGUUAUUUAUUUUAAUUUGUAUCAUUUACAUGUUUCUUAGCCAGCUAUUCAAAAUAGUUAUGAAACGGAAAUAGUUCCUUUCUGCGAAAUCUGCGAAUAAUUAAGUUUGAUUUCAGUUCCGUAAUGAAUGAUUGCCAUACUCGACUCUUCAGUUAGAGAAUUCGAGCGUUUUAUUAUUGUGAAAUAAAAAGAAUAUGACAUAACUCUGUCUUCUUUUUUAUAAAACAUUACAAAUGACCUCACAAACGAAAAUAUCCGUAGUAAUUUAAUUAUUUUAAUAAGAAUUUCGUUUGGUUACGUCUUUCAUUUAUUUUUAACUACCGUUACGACCAAAAUUGUUUAUGUUAAUUAGUAAAACUAACCUUUACUUCCCAAUGGGUAUGUAUUGUGUACAUUUUCACGAGCUGUAUGGGACAGAAGUGGUUUAAAUGAGGAGGUCGUAAGGGACUUUGUUUAAGAAGAUAAACAAUUUAGAGUAUUUUUAAUAGCUACAGGUUAAAGAACUCAACAUUUUAUGUAUGCUUUCCUUUGAAAUGAUCAAAAUAGGCGUACAAUAUAAAAAGUUACAGCUGUUUAAAAUAAAAUAAAAACGUUUUUGGCUUCUCCUGAAAAGUGAUGGUUUGUCCCUUACGCCAAUUGAAAUUACGGUCGACGAUAUGUAGCCUAUAUGUUAGCCCGACUACUUAAUAAUAUUCUUGCCAAAUUAGAAAUAAAUCCAUGCAGUACUUUUUGAGUUUUUUUUUUAUACAGACAAACAGACAAAAAUUCUAAAAACUAUAUUUUUGGCUUCGGUGUCGAUUGUAGAUCACACCCCAAGUAUUAUUUAAAAAAAUAUACAAUGUAUA